CGUCUGCUAAUGAAAGCGACUAUGGAAGGAGGAGAAAGUUCAGGUCUUAAAUCUCAUCUGAUUAGGACCCAAGAAAGAAGCCAUGAUCUGGAAGAUGAUCAAGAAGAAGAAACAUCUGGAAAAGAUUGUUGCAGAGCAAAUAUUGUUGAAGAAGCAAAACUGCAGCUACGGCUUGCGGGACCUCUUAUAACGGUUAGUUUGUUGCAGUACAGCUUACAAGUGAUAUCAGUCAUGUUCAACGGUCAUCUUGGAGAGCUGCCUCUUUCCGGUGCUUCCAUGGGCUCUUCCUUUGCUUCUGUCACUGGUUUCGCUGUCCUGCUAGGAAUGGGAAGCGCACUGGAGACGCUAUGCGGGCAAGCCUAUGGAGCGAAACAGUACCACAUGCUUGGAGUUCACACGCAGCGAGCAAUGCUGACCCUCCUGACCCUGAGCUUUCCUCUAUCACUAAUCUGGUAUUAUACCACCACCAUUCUCAUAGCUCUAGGCCAAGACCAUGAAAUAUCUACUGAAGCUGGAGUUUUCAAUUGCUGGAUGAUCCCAAGCCUUUUUGCCUUUGCCCUCCUUCAAUGCCUCAACAGAUUUUUGCAAACCCAAAACAAUGUUAUUCCUAUGCUGAUAACCUCUGGAAUCACAGCUCUGCUGCAUCUUCUUGUUUGCUGGGUUCUUGUGUUCAGAAUCGGGCUUGGUAUAAAAGGAUCUGCCUUGGCAAUCACCAUUUCCAAUUGGGUUAAUGUGCUUUUGUUGGGAAUUUAUGUGAAAGUUUCUCCAGCCUGCAUGAAAACUUGGACUGGUUUUUCAAAAGAAGCCUUGCAUGAUAUUCUCAGCUUUAUAAACCUCGCUGUUCCUUCAGCAAUCAUGAUAUGCUUCGAGUAUUGGUCCUUUGAAAUGGUUGUUCUCUUAUCCGGUCUUCUCCCAAAUCCAAAACUAGAGACAUCGGUGUUAUCAAUAAGCCUUAACACAUGUUGGAUGGUUCAUACGAUCUCUGUUGGACUCGGCCGUGCUAUAAGUACAAGAGUGUCAAAUGAAUUGGGCGCCGGGUGCCCAAAUGGUGCACGCUUGGCUCUUUCUGUCAUGAUCACAAUUGCCAUCUCAGGGGGUGCAGCUGUAGGGAUUACUACAAUUAUGGUGCACAAUGUUUGGGGAAAGUUGUAUAGCAACGAAGAAGAAGUGGUCAGAUAUGUUGCUAAAAUGAUGCCACUGCUUGCACUGUCAAGCUUAGAGGGUAAAACAAAUUUCUCAUAA